UUCGAACGUGUUGUGCAUGUUAUCAUUCGAUCAUUUUUUUGUUCUGUUAUACUUCUGUUAACUUGUUUAUUCUUAAAAUUCGAUUUAAUUUUUUGUGUUGAAACUUGUGUAAAAAGUAUUGAAACUCUUUGACCAUAAAAGAUAACAAUUGACUUGGAUUUUAUGUUAAAAAUGUGGCAAAAAGUACUUCGAGCAUUAAGAUAAUAUAAAGCUAAAUGUGUAAAACUUAAUGGGAAAAAAAGCUAGACGACACGAGUGUACAGGAGACCAUAAUUAAAUCAAUGUUGUCGUGUUAUUUUUUUUGCUGUGCAAAAAAUAGUGAAUUGAAAAUUAUAUGAAGCUCAAAAAGUGAGACACACAAACCAAAAUAAGAAAGAUUUGAAAAUUGGGUGCGCGGUGUGCGAAAUUUAAACCAUUGUUCAAAACAUAGCGUGGCGACUACACAAAUCCAAAUUUAAACCCAAAUGUGUAUAGUGUGUUGAUCUUGAAUUGUUUUGCAGAACACAUUACGAAGCAGCAAAAAGCACACACCACACAUAAAAUAAUUACGAAAACUCAUUUGCGCGCACACACACAUACUCGUUUCGUCUAUCAUCGACUAUGACGAAGACAACGACUCGUAUUCAUUUGCUUGUUGUGAUGUGAUAAUAACAUUUAUUGUGUAGUCAAAAAAUUGUUUCAAGAUAAACAAACGACGUAUUUGUGUAUUGUUUCGAAAGUAGGUAUAUGUGAAUGAAAUCAUAUAAUAAGGAAAAAACAAUGCAAACCAGCUGAAUAUAAAGAGAAAGAAAAAAAAGUGCGCGCCAACGAUUCUAAUGAAACUCAGUCGUUUUAAUGAAGCUGAUUAGUAAAUUUCCAAAUUACGGUUUCUAAGUGAUUUUUUUCUGUAGAUAAACGCACUUCAUUUAAGAGUUGUUAUACCAAAAUUCGUAAAAGCGGCACACAAGCCAUUUGGAACGUUCUUGUGCUUACGACGACGAAAAGAAUAGUAAAGAAAAUCAUUUAACCGAAUUCGAAAAAGAUCGAAACGAGAUAUGGCAAUUUAUGGAAUCGAGAAAAAAGUGGUUCCAUAAAUCAAUAGCGUAUUUUGUGAUGUAGGUGAUAGUAAAAAUUGAAAACUUACAAACAAGAAGUGUGAUAUCGAAGGGAAUUGUGAAGAUUGUGAAUUUGCAUGUUAAUGCAUGAAAGAAAAAAACGAAUUGUGUAAGACGCGGAGAAAAUUGGAAUUGCGAAAAAAAAUUGUGAAUUGAUUUAAAUAAAGAAAAAAUCCGCCGGCAAAAUUCAAACGUAUAGCAGGAUUCGAUUGCAAUUUGUCAAUGCAUGAGAAAGACAAUGUUUGCAUCGAAUAACAGUAAAAACAAUUUGAAUCAAUUUGAAGAAUCGGGAAUCUGAGUUCCGGCGCUUAUUUCAAUCAUAAACAUAAGACCUGCUGCCGUUGAGCAUUGUGCAUGCGAUCAGUGGAGACGGCGACAUGGAUUUUAGCAGCGGUUCACACAUUCGAGCGCCAUCUCUGAAACGAGGGAAAAGUGACAAUGGAUUGAACGAACGGAUCAAAUUAAAAAAAGUACUGGGUUUGACGGUAUGUAGUAAUGCAGCUUUGGAUGUUUCGCCAACGACAGGUGUGAUCGCUUAUCCGGCCGGAUGUACCGUCGUUUUGUUCAACUCAAAGAAGCUUACCCAAGCAUAUUUAUUGAAUACAUCGCGCAAAUCGAUCACAGCAAUUGCUUAUUCACAAUGCGGCCGAUAUAUUGCAACGGGUGAAUGCGGCCAGAAUCCAGCGAUCAAAGUAUGGGAAUUAGAUACUAGUGCGGCAAAUGGAAAUAUUGAAUUGCCUGGCGGCAGUAAUGUUGGUGGUGUUGUGAUUGCAGAAUUUUUAGGUCAUAAGUAUGCGACCAGUUGUAUUACAUUCUCACCGAAUGGAAAAUAUUUGGUGUCGGUUGGUUCACAACACGAUAUGAUCGUGAAUGUGUUCGAUUGGCGACAAAAUUUAAAAAUCGCAUCAAACAAAGUUAGUGCCAAAGUAUGUUCAGUAUGUUUCAGCGAAGAUGGCAAUUACUUUGUAACGGUUGGUAAUCGACAUGUAAAAUACUGGUACUUGGAAGGUAGUCGAAAAUACAAGGAGCCAAUACCGUUGAUGGGUCGCAGUGCCAUUUUAGGAGAGUUACGAAAUAAUGAUUUCUGUGCGGUUGCAUGUGGCAAAGGAAGCGGUGCCGACAGUACAUACGCAAUCACACGAAAUGGUCAAUUGGUGGAGUUUAAUUCACGACGUUUGCUUGAUAAAUGGGUUGAUUGUCGAACGACAUCAGCAAAUUGUCUGUGCACCAGCAGCCAAUACAUAUUUGUCGGUUGCGCUGAGUCAAUUAUUCGUGUAUUCAAUGCUGAAACAUUAGAAUAUUUGACAACGCUACCGCGAACCCAUUAUUUGGGUGUUGAUGUGGCACAAGGUGUUCAUAUAAAUCACAUUACAUCAGCACCGCCAAACUCAAAGUAUCCAGACACAAUUGCCAUGGUUUUCGAUGAUAUGCAUGACAAACUAACAUGCGUUUAUAACGAUCACAGUUUGUACAUUUGGGAUCUACGGAAUAUUCAACGAGUCGGCAAAAGCCAUUCGUUUUUGUAUCAUUCGGCGUGCAUUUGGGGAGUUGAAACUGUGCCAUACAACACACUAAAAAAUCAUCUAACACACAAUUUGCCAAUGGAUUGUUUCUUAACUUGUUCAUCAGAUGACACGAUUCGAGUGUGGGGCAUUGAUGGCUGUGAAACAAAUGAAGUCUAUCGCAAAAACAUCUACAGCAAAGAUCUAUUGAAACUAUUGUACAUCGAUUCCGAUAUGAGUUACAUCAAAGACAUGGAUAAUCCUAUACUAAAUAUGGAGAAAUCAUCAAGUUACGACGGUCGAAACGGUGUACGCUGCAUUAAAGUAAGUCCCGAACGAAGUCAUUUGGCAACGGGCGAUCGAAGUGGAAAUAUUCGAAUUUACCAUUUAGGCACAUUGAAAUUACUCACAACCAUUGAAGCGCACGACUCUGAAGUGCUGUGCUUGGAAUAUACAAAUGAGAAGAUUGAACGACGCCUUUUAGCUAGUGCCAGUCGAGAUCGUUUGAUUCAUAUAUUCGAUGUUGACAUUGGAUACCAAAUUUUACAAACGCUCGACGAUCACUCCAGCAGUAUCACAUCGGUGAAGUUCAUCGGCAGUGGUUUGGCAUUUCAAAUGGUCUCUUGUGGUGCUGAUAAAUCAAUUAUUUUCCGGAAUUUUCAACAAAAUCAAUUUUUACGUGGCAACAAUUGUUCGGGCAAAACCACACUCUAUGACAUGGAGGUAGACAGUAACAAUAAACACAUUUUAACCGCAUGUCAAGAUCGUAACAUUCGAAUUUAUGGAACACAAAAUGCAAAGCAUACAAAAACAUUCAAAGGAUCACAUUCAGAUGAGGGCAGUUUGAUUAAACUAAGUUUGGACCUGAGCGGAAUUUAUAUUGCAACAUCGUGCACCGAUAAAACACUCAGCGUUUACGAUUACUAUUCGACAGAGUGUAUGGCAAGAAUGUAUGGUCACAGUGAAUUGGUGACUGGUCUGAAAUUCACAAAUGACUGCAAACACUUGAUAUCGGCCAGUGGCGAUGGAUGCAUCUUCAUCUGGCAGGUUCCACAUGAUAUGAUUGUAACAAUGCAAGCACGACUAUCACAACAAGCAAUCAGAUCGGGCGGCACAAUUCCACGACCCAUUACAUCGCCAACGAACAACGAACCGAUGGAAACACCUUAUGUGAAUCACAAAAAUGCUCGACCACUCGAACCGCUUAAAACACCAACACCGAAUUAUUUCGCUGAAGAUAUUCCAAUUACACCUGGUUAUCGAUUUUCAGAUGUAGGGCAAUUGCCACAAUGGGCAAAGAAGAAAACACCAAUCGAAGAGAAUGCGGAAAAUGCAUUGAGCUCAAGUCCUAGUCAUUCGAAUCAACCACAGCCAAAAACACGAGGUCGAUGGGCUCAAAAGAAACUAUUCGAACCAGAUGAAUUGAGAGCCACAUCGCCCGGAGAUGCAACAGUUUCAUCGACAACACCACCCAUUUCAGCCGCCAUAUCAUAUAACAUACCAAUCAUUCAAACAAAUCAUCACAACAACAACCAAACAUCUGAUUACAAUAGCGCCAGUUCAAAGGAUAUCUACACAAAUACCUAUCUCAGUGAGGAUAGUUCAAUCGAUAGUGGCGUUGAGAAUCGACGAGAUCUACUGCUUGUGAAUAAAAAUACUCCAAAAAAUAGCUUACAAUUCGAAUCGAAUACCGAACAUGAUGGUGACAUUGAAGAUAUAUCGGAUGGUGAACGAACGAGCUCAGACCAUGGAAUGACGUUUUAUCCAAAUGUACCCGGUACACCAACUGGUGACUUUAAGGUGAACGCCAUGAAUGAAGAGGAGUUACGAAAAUCCGUGAGACGCCAAAAGUUUGAAAAACAAGGUUUAAGUUUGACAACGUCACAAAGCGGAACAAAUACUGGCACUGGUACAUCGGACGAUGAAGAUGAUGCAUCAACGCCAAGUGGAGAUAAUGCUGAACGUUCACUGGCAUCCACUUUGGACGGACAGUAUUUAGGUGGUAGUAAUGAAAAUAUACCACUUCAACAGUCAUCGUCAUUUUUGCAAGCAGCGCUUGAUGGCCCAGGAAGUUUGUCCGAUCGAGGUGAUCGAACUCGUCGAAGCAUCAGCUCGAAGCACAAUAAUGGAGAUGUGAAGACAAAUUAUACAAAGUCAUUUGCCAAUAGUAAGAAAGAAGAGCUCAUGAAAGUCAUCAACGAAGCAAAACAAAAGUUGGAAAAUGGGAAAAAAAGUCGCAUACGAGAUGCAAACACAAUUCAAACACAAACUAUACACGAGGUUGGUUAUCGUUCAACGUUACGAGCUAGUCAAAGUAUAUCAGAUCUGAGUCACACAGCAAAUUUGGAUCGAGCGCGUGCACCGAAUCGUAUUCCACCGCAAGAUGAUACAAAUCCGUUUAGAAACACCAAUUAUAAUUGUUGUCCUAGUAAUUACGUACCGAAUCAUUAUUAUCAUCAUGGUUCGAAUAGCAACUAUUUGAAUUGUGCUGCACCAAAAUCCGUUCUAACGCACAAUUGUCAAAUGAUACGUCAAAUUCAACGUGAUUAUCCACCAUAUCCAACGGAUGUUGGCAUCUAUUAUACAAAUGCACAAACACAACCACUCCAACCAGCACCGUCACAUCCAUACUAUAAUGCACCAUAUCAGAUGCAAACAACACCACCAUGUAGUUCACCACAGCGUUCAGUGAUGCCGACGAUGAGUAAUAAUAAUCCAUUUAUACGGCCGAACGUUUUAGAUCUUACGUCGGCUGAUUCGAAAAAUUCGGUUAAAAUUAAGGGUCCAAAACAUCCGGGCAUUUUGAAAAAUUACAAAUCGUGUCCAGUGUCACCGGUGCACGAAGAAAUCGAUUGGACAACAAUUGACGGUACACAUCAAUCGAAUGCUAAUAAUAUGAAUUCAAAAGAUGCGGAUCAUAAACGUCAUUCGAUGUAUAGUGAUGACGCUAAAACGAUUUUGGAUAUGAUUCAUGCCGAUACGGAAAAAAUGAUUGCCGAAAUAACGAAAAAAUAUGGUGAUCUUGAUGUUGAUAAACCACUGCCGAAUGUGGACAAUGCAACAACGUGUACAUCGAACCGAAACUCAGGUGAUAAGGAUGCAAUGCAAGAAGAUGAAGACGGUAGCUUCAGUUCCGAUUCAUUAGAAGAUUGCAGCUUAGAUUUAGAUUAUGGCGGAAAAUGUCAAACAAAAACACGAAAAUCAAUAUGUAGAAAAAAACAUCGAAAAAAUGAAAACAUUUCAAUGAUGCCAACACGAUCCGUUUCCGAUUAUUUUAUUUAUGAUGAAUUUUAUUUGAAUCAAAAUCGUAAUGUGUCAUUGUCGGAUAUUUUGAAUGAUGAUAACGAUAAACAAAAGCCAAACUAUGCACUUCUCAACACACAACGUCAUUCGAGUGCCAGUUUCUUUUUGGCACCCGAACGUAAAAGCCAAGAGAGUUUAAUUUCGGACGAUAUGAGCGGUUGCGGGGUCAGCUACUGCAAUAGCAUGGAAAGCAUUCUGUCGGAUGAAUCGGAAUGUAAAAGUGCACCGCUUGAAGUUCUUUUUACAAAGACUAAACGUGAACUAUUGUACCGCACUUCGAAUGCAUACGAUACAAGAUUUGAGACACAGGUCACAACAUCCAAAUCAUAUGGAUCCAGUCCAAAUAGUAAUGUUUUCGAUUACUACAUGGACCAACAGUAUGGUUAUGGAUUUCAUGAUCGUGAGGGAUGUAAUAUUGCUAAUUAUGACUAUGACUGUUUAAUGAGCAACAAUACAUCGGCAAGAACGUCGAAUCGUUGUUCACCAUUACCACCGCCACCACCAGAAUUUCAAAAUAUUACCAAAUCGACGGGUAUACCGAGCUCAUGCACAUUCCCAUCGUUGUCAACCACCACUUAUCAUCCAAAGAACGAUGAUUUUAUUCCACGUUUUGUAUCGAAAAACGAUCAAUACUCGACGCAAACGAACAAAAGUUUGAGCAAAGAAUUUGCCACCGAACGUCAAAUUAAAAAUUCAAAUCCAUUGUAUGGAUGUGAUGAUGAUGACUUUUUCGAACGGAAACCAGUUAAACCAGCGGUUCCGGCAAAACCAACCAAUUUGAUGACCACCAUUGAAACAACCAAACCAUUACCGUCCACAAGUAAUGCAAUCAUUGUUGAUGAUACAAAUCCAUCGAAAAUAAAACGAUCUUGCAGUUUUGAAAUUGAAAUGUUUCAUAAUCGUGGCCGGGUGUUGCAGCAAAAAAGUGCUGCCAAAAAAUACGAACAGAAUUUACAGAAAUUUGAAAAAGAUCGUCAUCGUAUGCGCACGUCAAAUUCACAAUUUGGCGGUACAUUGGAAAUGCCGUAUGUUCCACAUAAGCCGCCAGUUGCGAAUCGCCGUUCGGCAAGCAUGAAAGCAAAAAGAGGUAGCACAAAAGUGAAAGAUCGAAACAAGGUCGAAGAACGAACGGUGAUUAAUAAGAGUGUUGACACGGAUAAGGAAAAACUUAAAGGAAAAAACGCAAAAGAAAAGCAAAGUUUAAAAGAAUUGAAAAAUCGCGAAGUAAAAGAAAUGGACGAACGAACAAUUGAAAUUUAUGUAGCCGAAAAGGGCAUUUGCGAAGAUGAUAAUAUGGAUAGCUUGGAUUUGUAUACGAAGCCGAAUUUAUAUAAAGAGAAUUCAGUCGAUUCAUUGGAUGAGCUGGUUUUAAAGAGCCGUAUAAAACGACCGAUUGGCCGAUCCAUGUCAAUGGAUGCAAAUGAAUGCAGCAGUUCGAAUUCAAUGGUAACGUCGGAUUUUUUAUCAAAAGACGAAUACAUGAAAUUCCGUGACAUUGAGAAGAAAAUCGAUGUAAUUAAUAAAUUGGUUGAAUUGGAAGAGAAAAAGCUGGAACAAGAACGUUGUGCAAAAGAGCUUCGAAUGCGACCAUUCACUUGUAAUGCCAACGAAAAAGGUUAUGUGAAAAGUCUCACCGUUAACUUUGACAAUUUGGCCAAAUCGAUAAAAUAUGAACGUGAAUUGUCACUGCGAUUGAGAGAGCACAACGAAAUUCGACGUAAUCAUAGCUUGCCGGAUGUAUUGGAAGACACCAAAUACCGAUUUAAUUGCGAAUUUAAGCGUCGCAGACAACGUUCUACCGAUGACUUCCUCGACGGAUAUGGCGUCGAAGGAAGUCCAAAUAGCCUAAUGUUACCCUCACAAAAUGAUGAAUCUUCUUCUAUUCGACGCGCUUGUUCGCUUAGUGAUUUAAGUAUGGGAAAAGGUUUCAAAUCUCAAAGUUCGCAUUCAUAUAAACCGAUUGCAAGCAGUCGACAAACAACAAACAUAAAUCGAGUUGCAGCCAAGCGAAGCAGCACCAAUAAAAUGUCAUCGUCACAUGGAAUGGGCACCCGAAGCGUAUCGAGCGGAACGUUAAAUCAAGCAAGCGAUUCAGAUCCAGAAGCACCAGCAAGCCGUGGCGGUAUUAUGCGACCAACAAUCGCUUCACAAAACAGAAUGAACGGUGCAUCAUCAUCAAACAACAAAUACAAUAGUACUAAUAAGACUGCAGCCGCUAUCAUUAAUAGAAGACGUGGACUAACUAGUAGUGUGAGUAUUUCAAGUGGCGGUCAUGAUGAUUCCAGUUCAGAAGAAGCCCAAACAAAUACUCACAAAAUAAGCAACAACAAACCGGUCGUUCCGCCACGUCCACGCGGCAUUUCUGGUGGUGAUUUUAAACGCAACGGAAUGCCGAAUGUAACAACCAAUGGAAAACCAAACAAAACAAAUUUCAACGAAGACGUUCCAUGCAAAGAUAAUGAUAUCGCGAAUGCUGAUUUGAAUUCUCAACUGAUAUCGAAUAUAAUAUCGCAACUAAUGGGCACAACGAAUUCAGUUAUGCAAUUGCACCAAAGACUUAAAAACAGCGAAGAAUCAUCGAAUGGAUCGGAUAAUCGAAAACAAGAUAUGCUAAAGGAAUUGGAAAAUGCUGUGAUGAUGACUCAGUCAAUGCUCACAAAAAUUACAUUGAACAAACCAUCCGAACGAUCUGGCCAUCAUGUGACAUUUGCACCGAAAACUGAGACUCGAACCACAUUAUCUUCACAACAAAAUGGCGAAUAUACACAAAUGAUGGAUAAAUGCACAGAUAUUUUACAGAAAGUUCAGAAGCAUGUUCAAAACAACAAUAUUUAAACAUGACCAACUUUGGCCUUUUGUUCCUGUCAGAAAUUGUUAGCCAUUUGACUUAGAAAUUAAUAGACAUCUAUAGGUCACUUUCAAUAAAUUCGAACAAAAACUAAACUGCUAGCACUCAAUAAGAUAAAUACUUAAAUAAACUAUAUAUAUGGUUCUAACCAAUCGAAAUGUAUGGAGACACAAUUUGAAAAGUUAAAUUUAAUGUUUAUUUCAUGUUCCAUGUCUCAAUUGCUCUUGCGUAAAACCACAGAUAAAAAAGUGUUAUUUGUUCUCUUCAUUCGAAGAGGAUAUUGGAUCGGAUAUCAAUCACGGUUAAAGUAACACAUACUUUUGUCAGUGUAAUCUUCUUAUAUCUGUAAAAAAGAAAUUAUACCUCAGGAGUUGAAGAUUUUGUUUCCAGCAAAAAGUGACUUAAAGUUAAAUCAGGAGCAUAUUUGAGUUAAGCGCAUCAACACAAAAAAGGUCAACGAUUAAACAUUAAAAAAAUAUAUGAAUGCUUUUUUUACGUAAAAAUUAAACGAACGGCAUUUGAACCGACUAUUUGUAUUUCUUUCAGUCAAUGAAAUUUGUCUCGUCUUUUCAAUUAAACAAAAAAAAAUCAAUGUGAACUUGAUUCUAUUAAACAAAAUGAUUGAAAUUCUAUUAUACAAACACAAACAUGUCAUUACAUUUUUAGAGCUUUGUUCAAAUUCAAAUUAUUAUGUUACCGUUUUGAUCGAAUUUUCAAAAGUCAGGGAGCAUUUGACGAAUGUUGUGAAGUGAAGAAUGGCAUGGAAUUUACGAAUCAAAAUAAUAAAAUAAUAAAAUAGCAACACACAGACACACAUACUGAAUUUAAACGCUUAACACUAGUUUUAGUAAUCGAUUUAUUAGACAAAUUUAUUUAACUAAAUUUUGUUGCCAUUUUUCAAUAAGUUUUCUGUUACAUCUGUAAAUAAUAUAUAAUUUUUUUUUAGUUUAUAUUACGUACAUUUUAGUAUAAUUUUCAGUUAAAGAUAUCUUGUACAAACAAACAACUUGUUAAUCAAAUUUUUUAAAAAAAUCCUUCUUUUGUGCUGAAAUUAAAGAUAACAAUGAUCAAAGAAAGCAAUAAUUUCAUCACUAAUUAAAACAAAACUAAAAAGUUUCAUCCGUAGUUAGCCGCAAAUUAAUCAAUUAUAUUAAUACGAACUAAUCAUUCUAACCGGUUUCUAUGUUGUAGACCUCCAGCCGAAACAGAUUCGUUUUGUUUUUGUCGCUGGACGGUUAAAUCAAUCGGACUGCACAACAGAAUCGUGUUGUUUUGCGCAAAACAAUUUUUUGCAAAAGAAUAUUGUCAUUUUGUUGGUUAACCUCACCGAUGAAACAAAACACACUAAUGCUUUCUAAUCUUUAAUUUUCAUUUAAAACAAAUUUCAUUUUAAAAUCCACGGGAACAGCCGUCCAAUCCAAAAGAAUUACAAUUCUUUAAAUUAGCAUAUAGAAUUUAGUUGAAUUGAUUUUUAGUUUGUAUUUGUAAAUCAAUUUGGUUUCUUUGGUUUACAGGGUCAUUUGUGUGAAUUAUUUUUUUUCGAUGCGAAAAAAAGUGAAAUGAUUUUUUUGCAAUGGGACUUUCGUAAUCAUAUGCAAAUCAAAUACGAUUGUUGACCAUUUUAAAUAUGGCCGUCGAACAAGAGACAUGCCUCCAAUCGGGAGAGCGAUAUAAAUGAUUUGACCGUUUUAAAUGAAGGUUAGGUAUAAGUUUUAAAAAGGCAAGUCGAAUUGAAGUGAGAGAUGUUAACUAAUAUUUAGGAUGUAUGGUCACUUCACUUUGCAUGCGCGAUUUACGAUGUGAGGAAUUAAACAAAUUAUAUGAUAGUCAAAAAUUUACUAAUAAUUUUUAAACAUAUAAAUUUAAAGUAAAAUUGCAUGCAAACGCAAUUUUCUUCGUACUUAUUCAAAAAAAUGUAGUUUAUAGUUUGUCUAAAAAGUCCUUACCAAUUCUUUCACUCUACUAUAUUUGCUAAAUUUAAAAAAAAACCAAUAGAAUAUAUUCCAUAGGUAUUACAUAUUUAUCAAUUAUCUGUUAAGCGAAUGAAAAAAGAAUAUUUUUUUGUGAAAUUAAUGAAGCGGGAAGGAAUGACUCCCAAAUACUGAAACAAACGAACGAUUGUAUGAAAGAUAAACGUUUGAUGACAUUGUCCAACACGAAAAUAAAUUUCAAUUUUUACAUACAACUUUU